UCAGCCAAACAAACGUAAACGAACAUGGAUUCUUUAGCUGAAGAACCAGAUAAAUCUAAUAUUUUACGCAAAAAUGAAUACGAUAAAGGCAAUUUUAAUGGCCCGAUACAAUCUUCAGCUCACAGUAGUAACAUUGUGCACAAAUUGUUUAACAGAGAGAUCCUGGGUGGCACAUCGCGGAAGCCCAACGAUAGGAGCCGCAAGGUGUUCGAGCGGAUCCCCCCGCGGCUGCGGUUCUGCCUGAUGGACAUCGUGCCGCGGUCCUACCUCCGCGGACACGUGUUCAUGGGCCUCUCGCAAUGCGGGCAGUUCCUCUUGAGCUUCACCUACAGCUGCAACACACAAGUCUACUUUCGAGAGAGCUCCAAAUUCACCCUACACUUCCUAUCAUGGGUGCCGGGUCGUAAGGUGCGCAAAGUGCACAGUGUCCCGCUGUUUGGAGACGAUCUGGUGGACAGUAAGCUCACGAUCUCCAUGGCUCAGUGGAGACACAACCCUGGGGUGCUCGUCGUAUAUGGCAUCGCAGAUUCGUGUUCGGAACGUUCUUGCCUGAGCGUUAUCGGCGUGCCGCGACUGGGGUGUAAGAAAUGUGCAGCGUACUGCAGGAAUGAAGAGGAGUUAACGAUGGGUCAGAGGUGCUUAGAACACAACUUCGCAAUCCACACAAAGUUCUUCUGCACAUCAGACUCGAGCAUGUAUGAGCCAGUUGUCCAACUCGCGUACUCCAACCAGAUCAUCAUCUACACAGACUUUAUACACAUACUAGAGAUAGCCUUCGCCAAACCAGACCAGGAACGAAGCGACAUUGAAGACAACAAGUCGACGUUAGAUAGAGAAGAAAUUAAUUCCAUAGAUAUGGAUCCUAGCACCCCAGCGUCAGACGUCUCUGCCGCUUUCCAGUCGCCUAAGUACCAGAACAACGUCGUCCAAAAUAUAAUAGCGGAUUUCUCAGACUUGGAAUUUGAGCCGUAUCAAAUGUCAAAACCGGUAAAGCUGCCCGACGUCAUGGGGCAAGAGCUUUGUAUCCAAGCGUCGUCAAUAUCGCACAACUUAGUCGAGGAAUGGGAAGGACCAUCUCCAUCCAUCAGGACACUCAUAAGCCCACCUCUAAGGUCCCCCAGGCGGAGACCGGCUGAGAGCAUGUCACGUUUCAACGAAACGCACAGAAUAAUAGCGGAGAAAGCGUACGAAUUUGUAGAAGAGACUGAAACGAAAUGCGAGAAACUGAGUAUGUUUAGGAAACGUAGGUUGGCGGAUAAGAAGUACGAGUUUUCUGAAGAUAACAACGAGAAUAUAGUACCUUUUAGAGUGUUAAGGAGUAAUAGGAAGUACUUUAUAGGUUCGAAUAGUAAAACGCCGGCGCGGCGGGCCAAGUCGCCGACGGUUGAGAGUGUUGUAUUGAGGGCUCACAACCAGAUAAGCAGACCCCCGUCUCCGACCACUAGCGCGGACUUAAAGACAUCACUCGAAUGCGAUCAUAACAGCGAGUCGGAAUAUAGGGUAACGGAAAUGCUAGACGACGGCUCUCUCAAGACGGUGGCAGUACACGAUUCUACCUCAAAAACCCUCUCAGACAUACCAGUCAGCCCGCAAGACCCGUACUUGGUACACUCUGGAAACUCAAAAUGCAGCAAAUUCUUCACAAGAUACUUCGUUGAAAGUGAUGAUGAAAUAACGUCUAUCAUAACGGAUUCUGAAGACGACUGUAUAUCAGGCUACCACGUGGCGCUACACCUGACAGCGCACGGCGCGGGCUACACAGCCCUACAAGCCGUGGGCGCAGGCGCCUGGGAACGCAUCUGCAGCAACUUGGGCGAGCCGCCGCCGCUCACACUACGAGCGCAACAACGAUCACUGGACACAGAGCUACUGUGCAACGAAGUAUGUGGACGACUGUGCAAGAUUAAUGGGAAGAAAUUCAUUUACUGCUUCGAUUGGGGAUGCCAUGUUAUCGACGUUUGUCAGUCCAGCGGGUGUCUAUCGGGGCUGUGUGCCAUGUGGCUGUGGGCCAGCGCCGACGACGAGGAGGGCCCGGAGUGCGAGCCGUGCCGCCUGGCCGGCGCCGGCUGCCUGCUGCACCGCCGCCAGUACGCCGCUGAGUGCUUAUUCGUGUGGGACCUGGUGAGCGGCGUGUACAGGACCGAACGGGUUUCCAUGACUGAGGACUCGAGCCAAGAGGGAAAUAGGAUGUCGGCGGCCGACAGGGCGCGGGAGCUGGCCAAGAGGCUGGGGCCUAUCAACACGCCGCCCGGAAGCGAGAACAGAUUGCUCACUACGGUCACAGGGCGCUCCCUCCGCAAGCUGACUGACGUGGACAACUGCAUAGAGAUCACUAAGAACCACCCCGACAGCUCCGAGUCAGAGUCCGAGGAGGAGGAGAGUGAUUCCGACUGAACUACUCACUCGAAGCCAUUGUAAACCACUAUAUCGUCGCCAUAUAGCGAAAACCUAGUAAGCGCCUUUUUGAAAAAUCACAUUCCGAUGUCAUUUCAAUAUUAUAUACAGUCAUGAGCAAUAUAAUGUACCCACUUUAGGACUCUGUCGCACUAACAUAUUUGACAAAAAAAAUAAUGUGACAUGGUACCAAAGUGUAUACAUAUUAAUGCUCGUGACACGCUGAAGUAUCCCGGUAAAAAAUUAUAGCCACAAUUUAGAAGUUUUAAAAAAAAAAAGAGAAAAGAAAGCUUUUAAAAUUUUCACACAGUAUCAUUCAGAUAUUCAAUAGUGCUGUAUCAUUCAUUUAUUAAUUCGUUUACUUUUUUAAUAAGAAUUUUAACAGUUCAUUGAAAAUAGAAGUUUUGUUCAAGUAAAUCACAAUAAUAAAAUGUGAAUUUUCAAAAGGGCGCUCACGAAAUUUACUCUUUAAAGCGACGAUAUACGUAACUUUAACAUUCAAUAUCCCUGUUUGGCAGGCUUUUCUAUCUUUCUUCUCAAGUAUACGUGUACUAUUCAUAUCAGAAGGAAAUAUCAGACAUCAGAAUCAUUUGUCCAACGUAAUUAUCAUGGAUAACCUGCGGUUUUCACAUUUUUGAAUCUACGUAAGACGUUAUGGCUGACGAGAAGAAAUGACAAGAAACUGCAACGGCAACACAUAUUUACCACCCUCUUGAGAGUGCCCUGGUUGCGAUAAUAACAUGCCCCCAAACAUCGUCAUUUUCAACCUAACGAACCAAGACCCUUUCAUCAAAUUAAGACCAUAAUACUACAACACUAUUGUUGACUUCUAAAAUCGUCUAUCACCAUCAGCACCAAUAUGGAAUCUACAGAUAUAUUCAAUCGGAUGUCUUAAUUUACCGUAUAAAUGUAAGGUACUGCGAAAACCUAUUGAUUUUCUUAUUAUAAUGCAUUUUUCUUGUAAAUAUAACUGCCAAACUGGGUGUUUUAUGUACUCAAGCUUAACUGUUAUACUUGUUCCAAGUAUUUCCAUAACUAGUAUUAGAUAGUGUACGAAAAGCAAUGCUGAAUAUACUAAGUCACAAAAAGUGGGUAUCUGCCGUGGUACAACAAAACAAUGUAUAUUUUACAAAAUGGCGACUGAGGGUGAGAUGACGUCAGCGCGGCUCUAACCUUGAAACGUAAGCUGUCACUUGAGCAUACCUUGUUUUGUUUUACCAUGGUAUCUCCUAAAUGUCAUUUUGAAGUUGGUAGUAUGGCAACAUUUUCAAAAAUGAACUGCAUUUGGUAACUAUUUGAUCCUUUAGGUAUUGUUUUUGAUCUUUGUAUGGAUAUUCUAUUUAAUAAAAAAUGUGUCUGUCUGUCUUCUAGAUAGAAACUGCAAUAAUUGUAAUUGAUAUUACUUGUAAUAGUGUCUUGUCACAAAUAUAUUGAAGACUACAAGUUAUUGUAACAGGUUGUUAUGUGACAUUAUGCUCAUGUGAGGUUGUGAUUGUUCCAACGUAGGACUGUUUGGAAAGUGCCUCUUGCUAACUACAUUUCAGUAUCAGUUUAGUAAUUAUCGUUUUUAAACAAGAUGAUCUCUGAAGGAUUUUAAGUAUUCACCCACUGAUGUUACUAACAUUUCCGAUUUAGUCACUGUAUAGUUUCCAUCCAAUGACAAUCAGUUGUAGGAACAGGGUUGUCACCUGCCGCAAAAAAAAGAAACAUCUACUACUUGAAAUUGGGAUACUUAUAUAAAUGCCGAAUGUUAGCACGUUAAGCAGUUGGUCUCGUUUACUACUAAUAGUAACUGGGGCAAUAAAAAAAAAUUACAUAAGACAUGUCAGGGACCUUUGACAGUUCAAUAAUAACCCUGAUAGUGCCAUUUUAAGAAAAAUAAAUGAUACUAACUCCAGGGUUGUUUAGGGUGGUAAUCCACCUCACAAGCCACACAAUAGAAGAAUCCCAAUUCACCUGUAAAACACUGGAAAGGCAACCUUGUUUGUGAGGAGCAUAUUAUGAUUGUUCUGUGUACCAUUUAUAAUCUAUAAUAAGUAUUUGUAUCAGUUAUACGGUCUACAGAUCACGCGUUUGGCUUGUUCUGGACCAUAUGAUCAUCGAGAUAUUAUUAGUUGUAUGGCCUGAUCUGAGAAGUGUUACAAUGAUCAACUUCAUCACAACUAAAAUAGUAGUUGUAUCAAUACGUAAAUGAAUUUUUAUAGGAUAAUAAGUGCAAAUGCUUUGAAUGAUUGUAUGUAUAUGGUUUUUGUUAAAUUUUAAGAUUUCUUUCUGAAUAUUCUUCCAAUAUAAAUGAGUACAGAACAGUGUAUAACAAUAUUAGUUUAAAUUCAUUUGGACAAAGGCACUGUAAGUGUGUUGUAUUGUAUAGAACUUGCCAUGAAAAUGAACUUGUGAGGAUUAGAUAUGAAAAUAAAUUGACAAAAUAUUAAAAAACAUUUAACUUA